AACUGUUUGACUAAACAACUAUCGAGGGAAAAAUGCACUACACGAUUCUCAAGAUACUACGCCAAUGGCAUGCGUUCUUACAGUUUGAUCGGCAUGGCUGCCGCGGCACUCGUGAACAGAUCGCGUCGCGCCGCAGGUAGAGUCAGUUUGAUCCGCGAGCGGCAUCAUUGCGGAGUCGAAAGGCUCUAAACGCGAACAAUUUCAUUUCAAAGAUGCGCAAGAUCGGUUCCCCAAAUUUGGGUCAAUGAUCCAACCAGUAAACUGUCAAUUCUUUUCUUAAAUUUAAAAUCAGUAUAAAGUGAUCGAGAAACCGAUUGACAGGAGUAUAAUGUUGUCCGCGUUAAGGUGAACGAGAAUCGUGAUGAGCUUGGAGACGACGUUGAUGCCUAUUACGGCACCGAUCGAGGUCGAUAGAUUCCAAGCGUUUUUCGAAAUUCACGUCAGUGACGAUUUGCCAAUUGCAUUCAGUGCAUUCGUAAUUGGUGUUUUGCUGUAGUCGUUCUAAAAACCUGUGCCGGUUAAUUAUCCGACUCGAGAGAAAGUCGAUGGCUACUUUGCGUGCUCCGACCGGUCGACAGAUACCUAACGCGGCGAUUCUAACUUGGGUGAAACUUUUGAGCUGGUGUUUUCAACUUAUGUGACUAAUAAAAUAAAAAAUUUUAAUACUUUACAUUAAUUAAACUAAAAAGAUUCGAAUUUGUAACAUAAAUUUCAUCACAGAAACGUGUGUGUAUUGCGGUUACAAGUGAAAAGUUCAUAAAACAUAAAAGAAAUCAUGUGUAAAAAUUGUUUCGAGAUUUUCAAAGAAGGAAACGUUUGUUGUAAAUAAUCGAGGAAUGCGUAUUGCGCGGAUUUGCAAAUGUUCCACAUCGUACCUAGUGAUCGGCAUCAGGUAUGAAGAAAUCGACAAGUCAUCGCAAAAAAGAAUAACAACAAAUGCGUUUGUAUAAAUGACAAAUGCGUGUUUGUAUAGACGCAAUUGGUCGUGCAACCAUUUGAUAAAUGUCAUCGAGGGAACUAACUAUCAAAGUGUUUCGGUUUACCGUGGCUCGGUUCGAGCAUAUCGAACCAUGUAUCGGCGAGUUGAAUGCGGUCCCGUUGACAUUUCACGUAUCGUAGACCAAUGUAGCGCGAUGUUUGUCAGAUUGACCAUCGUUAUUGCGGCGCUAUGCCUGUGGAAUGGAGUUGAAAGUCAGUUCAGCGACAACACACCUCCUGUAAUGUGGAUAGAUCGAAAUUUGGUGCUUCUGGAUACAGAACCAGUAGGAAGUGUGGUGACUAGAGCCCGUGCGGAAGACAACGAACAAGAUCAGCUAACUUAUGGCUUGGAACCUCUUGGACACAACUACAACGGAAAUGACAGUCCGCAACCGCCGCUUCCUUUCUUCAUCGACAAUAGCACCGGCAUUAUCUACGUUAAUGAAACGCUCAAAGGCAAAGGAGGGCAGAACCUGUUCCUUUACGUGACCGUCUCCGACGGUCAGCUCACGACAAAGACCGAAGUCUACGUCACUAUCAAGAACACUUCGGGUCCCAAGGAACCCGACUGGACCAGGAGCCCUGUAGGUUCUGCUGGCAGAAGACGGCCGCCAUUGUUACCAGGAGUAGUUCCUGGACAGGGAUUAUUCCGUAAAUUGGGGAUACCGCCGUCACCAGUGGCUGUGCCACCCAGUAUUCCGAAAACGACGAAGUUACAGCCUGAAGACGCGAAGCAGUCCGAGGUUGAUCCCGGUCCUGGCACCACCGGUGUUCCGCAACAGCCCAUGGAGGAGAACGAGGUCGAGGGGCCACCUCUUAGCUCGAAAAUUGCACCUGCCGAGGCACCGCCUUCCCAAGAUAUAGCGAUGACGUUGGUACCAGUCACGGCGGUCUGCGUGCUCGUCGUGGGCCUCGGUAUGGGUGCGUGGUCCCUGAGAAACAAAUUUUGCAGGAAUCGGAAAUCCAAAGAAGACACGAAAGAACAAGCUUCAGUCAGUGUCUCAAAUAUAUCAGACGAUCCAUCGCUUGUCUUAAAAAGAUGGCGAGGGCCAAAAGCGCAUAACAAUCGGUAUGAACCCUGGGAAAAAGAGAAUCAAAGUGCACAGAACAAACAAGAAGACAAAUGGGAAUUUCCACGGCAUCGUUUAAAGGUCUUUAAUAUCCUUGGCGAAGGUUGCUUUGGUCAAGUGUGGAAAUGCGAGGCCUUAGAUAUUGAUGGGAAAUCAGGAGCAACUAUCGUGGCGGUGAAGACGUUGAAAGAAAAUGCCACUGAAAGAGAGCGGCUAGAUCUUGCACAAGAGUUACGAGUCAUGAAAAAUUUGGAUCCCCAUCCCAACGUAGUCAGAUUGUUAGGUUGCUGUACAGAGCGCGAACCGAUGUUCGUGAUUUUAGAAUACGUAAGCGGUGGAAAGCUACAGAGCUUUCUAAGAGCAUCUAGAGAAGAAAGAAAUCAUGGUGGACCCGGAUUGACGUCCAGGGACUUAACUGGAUUUGUUUACCAGAUAGCCAAAGGUAUGGAAUAUUUGGCUUCGAAAGGAAUUAUACAUAGAGAUCUAGCCGCGAGAAAUAUAUUGAUAGACGAGAAUCAUGCGUGCAAAGUCGCAGACUUCGGAUUUGCCAGGGAUGUGGCUGCUAAUCAAAUAUACGAAAGGAAGUCCGAAGGUCGGCUGCCCAUCAGAUGGAUGGCUCCGGAGAGUCUCUACGAUAACAUCUUUUCCGUGAAAUCGGAUAUAUGGAGUUUCGGUGUAUUAAUAUGGGAAAUUGUAACGCUGGGUUCUACGCCUUAUCCCGGCUUAGCCGCCGCAGAGGUAAUGAGGAGAAUCAAAGAGGGCUACAGGCUAGACAGGCCAGAACACUGCAAGAGAGAGCUUUAUAACAUUAUGUAUUAUUGCUGGGACAAAGAUCCAGCAUGUAGGCCAUCCUUUGGGGAACUCGUCAGUUUAGCAGAAGGCCUUUUACUCGACGAAACUGAUUACAUCGAAUUAGAUAGGUUCCCGGAUCAUUCGUAUUAUAAUGUGCUCAAUCUCAGCGGGGAGAAAUUGUAAAUGAUGUACUCAUAAUAGUAUAUUAAGUACAGUGUGUACCAUUGACAUUGGUCAAUUAUUCUCAAAUAAUAAAAAUCGUGUGCAGCUUUAAAGUACAGCUAAUAAAUAUUAUUCAGUUCGAAAGAUUUUAUUGAAUCAAGUACAGAAUACUAAAAUUUGGUUCUUAAAAAAUUGAUAUCUGCGUUAUUUCGUCAAACAUGACUGAUUUGUAUGAAUGUUCAAUAUUAUAAUUAGGUUUGUAAUUAUAAAUGACCCGAUUAUGUAGUUUUUCAAGUCUUUCAGUCUGUAAAUACGCAAAACAAUUUAUAAAUCCAUUUUGUUAUCAUGACUGGUUAAUGAAAUCCAAUAAUUGUACAUAAAUUCAUUACCAAUAUAGGUAUUUCAAAACCAGUUAACACUGAAAUUAAGUUAAUCAAGAAAUUACCUGAAUUAUGUCAAGUUGUAUAUAAUAUAACAAACGAAACUUCUGAACGUUUCACACGUUGAACGAAUUACAAGUAUGGAUUCCGAAGAGAAACGAACGUCGUGAACUAGUCAGAGUUCAAAUAAAUUUUUAAUUUAUAUUUGCAUUAAACUUUACGCACAAAUAAGCAUACUAUAUUCUAGAAAUUAUAUGAAAAGAAACGAUAUGAAAUUCAAUAAUUGAAUGCAGAGAAAACGUUAUGUACUAGUUAAGAAACAAUUACUCAAAUAAUGAGAACUUUUUAUAUAUCGUCGUUCAAGUUUAACAGUGAUGCAAUUGCAAAACAGUGAUUUUUCAGGAGACGGGAAACACUAAUUUCAUUUAUUAAAGCUUAUAAUUAAACAACAAAGGAAAUAUUUUAUUAUGUUGAUAAACAAUAUUGUUGGCAUCCUAUAAUUACUUUUAAAUAAAUAUAUUAUUUUGGUCAGAAUAAAUGUCUGCGAUGCAACUAACACUUACGUCAAUAUUACCACAGAGUGCGACAGAAAUAACGAAUAUUUCUGUAACACUCAACGUCACUUAAGGAAAGGACCGUUCGUUUAUUUGGACGUGCGCGCAUUUAAUAUCGCGACUAUUUCGUUAUUAAGGAGAAAUUGAACUUUUGAUUGACGCGAGCGAGAUCGAUAAAACUGUUGCGGGAUAAAUUGUUGCUACUGCACUCAUAGCCUUACCUAGCAUCAGUGGACCAGAACAUUCGGAAAAUUAUGAAACUUUCAUACUGAAGAGAGAUUAGAUCCUGAUAUAUCUGAGACUAGUAAUGUACUUACCUUAAAAUUUAUAAAUUUGCAAUUACGUCAUUAUUACGUUGCAACAGCGAUAUAUAUUGGUGCAAAUUGUACAUAUGUAUUAAGUAAGAUCUUUUGUAAGUUAUUGUAUAGUUAUUUUUUAUAAAAAUAAAUCACUCAGUACUGCAA